UAUAUAGAAGUCAUAUCUAAAUAAAUAUAUAUUUCUUUAUGUUCAAGACUCCCUGGUGGGAAGUCAAUAAACUGUGCAUUUCUUGUUCGAAGGGGUAAGGGAAAAGUGGACGUUGUUCGUUAAAGCGCAUACAUUAAGUCUUCCUUUAUCAUGUUUGCUAACCAUUAGCAAUGAAAGAUUGACAUGUAAACCGCCAAGUACUGUUAUGGCUUCCUUACAAGGUCGGAAUUCGAACUAGUGAUCGGUGACAUACAAAAGAGCUCGUCAAACACACUUUGACCAACGACUUCCGGUAUUUGCACCGGUAUUUCCAAUUAUGGACACCCACGCGAUGUGAUAAUAAGUUAGGAUAUUGCAUGACUUUUGCUUCAAAAUGUCCAGAAAUCGUAUACAGGAUAAUAAACGGUCAGGUUUUCGUUAAAAAGUGAUCAAAAUCUAAUUUUAGCGUGACUUUGGUUGAUUUUUUUCACGUUCGCGUGAAAAUUAAAGGGUUUUCUUUUCGACGGGCGUUUUGUUUUCCAAACUUGAUGACUCUUCGAGUUUUUAUGCGGAAUUAGAUUCCGUGUUUCGGUUGGCAACGAAAACCACAAGAGAUGAACAUUAAUCUGAUAUUAUUAGUUCCAAAACUAUUGAUUAAUCGUACACGAAACACGAUCAUAUGACGAACCUUGUGUAAACCACUUUAAUCAAGACCUAACUUGUUUGUGUACUACGGAGCUUGUGAGAUAGCAAUGACCGUAAUUUCUAAUUUUGUCCACCAUCCCUGAACUGCAAAAAAGUUUUUCGUGUCUGGGUCAAACAUUUGUUAUUGCUGAAGGCUGAUCUCUCCCCUCCCAAUGCUGGGAAACUUUUUAACAGAUGACCACUACCAAAUAAAGCGCUCUUGAUGAAACAAACCGCAAAAUAUCGAAGCCUUCUUCCCUCUCGUCAAAUAAUAUCGUCUUUAUAUUUGAAUCAUUUUGCCCUGAUUGACGUUUUCUUCAUCCACGUUAAGAAAGUUCCUGAUCCGAGUGCAGAUCUGUUUUACACUGAAAUCUUCGCGCGUUGACCUUUAUAAUGGACUUUUGGGAGCAAUAGAUACUGAAUAGACGGGCUGACGUAAAAUUACAGGGGUUUGGUUUACACGUCAUAUCCGUGGAAUUUUUGCGUAGAGUCGCCAGGGGAAAGUCGAUACAGUCAUCCGCCUGUCUGCACCAAUGAAAUCUAGUCCUUCUAGAAGAUAUAAAUUGAGACCAAGGACACAAUUGUACAUAGAAAAAUAAUUAAGUUUUCUCGAUCACUAUAGAAAUGUGUGAUAUGCAUUCAUUGACCGGAUUAGACAAAGCCCUUGAGUGAUUGCUAUCAGACUCGACCAAUCAUACGCUGAAGAAAUGAACUAAUUUCAAAGGUCAGCGGUCCAUGUGCUGCACAUUUCCUGCGAACGAAAAGGUGUUGUUUGACUGGAAGGAGCAACUUUUUGAACUUCUUUCCUUCUUUAGUAUUUACAAACAAGACGCGAGAGAGCGCGUGCAAGCACUGCUUACAUUCUGGAGUGGACAGAUGCCGUUUUAGAAACUGCCACACGUCUUAGAUUCUUAUCAACUAAUUGAUGACUUGGGAACUCAUUUGUCCAUGAAUGAAAACGACGUGACAGCAAUCACCAAGAACCAAUAUCCAAGUAUUUUGUGAAAUUCGACCCUGGAACUCUAGCCCAAUUAAGCGGCGGACGAAUUCUUUGAGCGAUUGAAAUCACGAAGCCAGUGUCUUUGUUUACGGGCAGCAUCUGUAAAAGUCUCUCUUCAGAUCUUCUCAACUUUACACUACCAUCGAAGAAUUGCGUGUAGCCGUAACUAGUCUAGCGGAGCGCGAUUUCUUCAUUAGCGUGUUAAGCCAGUCGGAUUGGAAUGCCAUCGAUGUAUGGACAUCUUUCAAGGUGCCAACGUGGUGUGAAUUUCAUCCUCUUUCAAGGUUCUUUGUGAAACUCAACUGUUGGUGACAUAGUGACCAGAAGUUUAAGCAGCGAUCCAAUUGAAUGCAAUGUUGAUUUUUGUACAUGUAAAUUGGCGAGUGCUGAAUUGAUAACUCAAAUGCAGCAUAUACAAACUAUGGCAUCUCCGAUUAAGCGAAUCAUGAGUUUACGGGAGACGAAAUCAAAUGUUGUGGACGAUUCGUCUCCUUCUCAGGCUGUUAAUCGAAAGCCGAAAUUCCUUAAAAUUUUGCGGAGGCCUUCCUUCAAUCAAGGAAGAAAACGAAGCACCGAAGAACGGGAUAAUCGUGUCGCGAACGAAAUGGCGGAUGAUCAACAGAAUGUGGCGAAGCCGGUCGUUAAAUCGCCCAACCAAACACGAGACUUAGAAGCUUUUCAACAGUACCACAAAGAACUGCGAAGCGCUGUGCAAUAUUUCAUCCUCGUCGUGGACAAAUUCAAAACCAACAUGGACAUUGUCAUGGCUAAAAUUCCCGAUAACACUUCCAUAGUGUUGGAAUCAGUCAUCAAUAUCGAUAAUAUGCUAGAUACUUGCCUACGGCUUCACAGCAGCAAUCGGGAUUUGAUGCCGCACAGAAUGACAAUUCAUAAGCGUGUUGCAGAACUCGUUCGCUGGACCGACCAGCUCUUAGUUCGAGGCAAUGUGAAAGGAAAUCUCGAAGAAGGCGUCGAAUUUGUCAAAGAACUCGAUGCGAGCGUGAAGGAAUUAGUUGAUUUGGCAAUACCUCGGCUGAGGAAACGUCAAGUGAACGACGAAAUCAGAAAUUCUAUUUUCAUGUUCGAGGGGAGCAGUGAAAGCAUUCAAGUCGGCGAGGAAAGUUCCGAUUUCGGACACUCGUCUAACCGAAGAGAUUCUGGAAUAAGUGAAGGAAGUCUAAUUGAUGGAACUGCUCAAGAUUCCAGCUCUUCACGGGCUUCCCCUUCAACUUCCCGUGAUUCGGGUCGUGGUUCUUACAACUACAUCCUUGAUCAACCUGAUUCAGCUCCUCAUACUAAUGGCUUAUUAAGCCCACCAGAACCACCAGUGAGAGGACGUCAUUCAUACAGAACCACGUCAAGUUAUAACCAAAGUAAUGUUACUUUGAAGAACUCUGAUUGGUCACUGAGCCAGGCGAGUGACACAUCAAGCUAUCGCUCCCUUCCACAAUCACCCAUUAGUUCACAAGAAGAAUUUACUGGUCAUGCAUACCUAUCCGCUGCAAGUUCCAUAGAGGAAGGCUCAUUCUACUCUGCCGAUGAGAAUGAUCAUAUGCCAUCAUUUGAAGAACCAGAUUGUCCUAUUAUCCAAGCAGAUUUUCUGGGAUACGUAGAGAACCAUGAACCAUCGAGUCCUAAGAAGAAGACAAAGUCAUUUCAAGUGUACAUUGAACUUGUUGGAAAUUACACUCAACCUUCUGAUGGGAUCUUACGGCGACCAUCGUCAGCCUAUGAUGGUUACCAAGAAAAUUUUAGGAGGAGCAUUGCGACCAACAAUUCACCCACCUCACCAGUGCUGAAGAAGGAAAUGUUUGCUUUUCGAAAUGUCACUGACUCUGAACGUUCCCAUUCACUUCCAACCCUUCAAGGACAUACAGGGAAAGUUAUGCCGUCAAACCAACUCCAAUCCAAUGGUGCCCUUGACUGGAAUAAGAAUGUUCGGCCUGAUUCUCAAAGAAAGAAGUUACUUCCACUUGAAGAGGAGCGAUGUCGAAAGAGAAGUAACGCCAGCAGCAGCUCGAGCAGUUUGAGUGGGACGGAGGACGAGGACGUUAACACCCCUGCCCUGGACUGCCUGGAUGUUUCUAGGUUUCUUGUUUAUCGCAAUGAAGAUGAUGGUCCUUCACUGAUUGGUGGUGCCAUUGAUGCCCUGAUUGUCCAUGCCAGUGGUUCUACCAAGAAGGACUUGGUCUAUUACGAAGCUUUUCUUACCACAUACAGAACGUUCAUCUCCCCCAAGGACUUGAUAACCAAACUUCUCUACAGGGAGAGAAGGUUUCGUGAGAAGGGUUGCAAGAAAGCAAGCCAAAAUGCUUUCUUCUUGCUUUUGCGAGUUGUUGAUGAACUGACUGGGAAAGUCGAGAGGAGCAUCUUGGAGCAGUUAAUGAAAGAAGUCUAUCGCCUUCUCGUCAAUGGCGACAUAGUCCUUGGGAAGAUUCUCCGGGACAAGAUGCUGCCUAAAUGUGAGAACUACUAUCGUUCACGUACUUCAUCAGCGAUAAGUCAUCCCAUGGCUCCUUUGGAUCCAUCCCAGAAAUACACUGUCUUGGAUUUUCAUGCUGAGGAACUGGCAAAGCAGCUCACUUUAAUUGAUGCAAAGAAUUUCCACAACAUCGAGAUUCCAGAAAUCCUUGCUUGGGGUAAGGAGCAAAAGGAAGAAUUGUCACCAAACUUGUGCAUAUUCACAGAACAUUUCAACAAGGUUUCCUAUUGGUGCCGCACCCAUGUUCUCUCCUUUGAGAAACAGAAAGACAGAGAGCAAGUCUACGUCAAGUUUCUGAAGAUCAUGAAGCAUUUGCGAAGGUUCAAUGACUUUAAUUCUUUCUUUGGAAUCUUGUCUGCAUUGGACUGUUCUGCGGUCAGGAGACUCAACUGGCCAAAGCACUUGCCAGAGAGCUUGUCUGAGUAUACGGCAUUGCUUGACAGCUCAUCGUCAUUCAAGGCUUACCGUGAUGCCUUGGCGGCAGCAGAGCCUCCAUGCAUCCCAUAUCUUGGACUCAUUCUUCAAGAUGUCACUUUCGUUUACCAUGGCAAUGCCGAUGAGCUGCCUGACGGCAAAGUGAAUUUUGUCAAGAGAUGGCAGCUUUUUAACAUUGUGGACAAUGUGCGACGAUUCAAACUAACUUCUUAUGAAUUUGAAUGGAAUGAUCAGAUUGCGCAGCUGUUUGCUGGAAUGGACAAUUUCUUGUCAGAGGAGGAUUUGUAUGACAGGUCUCUCAAACUGAAGCCUCGGGAGUAAACCCAUCUUAUGUAGGCAUGACUGAAUUUUAGUUCAAGUUUGCUACACUAGUGCACUUUUUACUCCAAUUUUUUUUUUAAUCCAAGCAAUAUAAUACAUAUAGCAUUAAGCUUUCCAUUAUCAAAUUCCCCUGCAAAAUGUGAUUUUUGUUUUUUUUUUUUAAUUGCAUUUUUCCCAUGUUCGAUAGUCUUGUGCAGUUACAUGAAAUUAUUUUUCAUGUGUAAAGUUUAAUAUAUUUGAUGCAAGACACAAUUGGAAAUGUUCUGGGAAAGUUUUUACGGGUCAAAUCAAUUACACAAGACUCUCUGUUGGUAUAACUGCAUUUAAAUCAGGUUGCUGCCUAGAUAACAAUCCUAGAAUAUGUACACAUAGGGUGAGAUUUCAGGACUUUUAGUCUUGUCAUUCCACUGAGCUGAAAGAAUUCCACAUUGACCUAGCUCCAAAGAGUUGUUAGAAGUUUACUUGAUUGGCCUUUUGCAAACAGAAAAUCCCAUGGCGCAACAAGGACGGACGAUCAUGAUGAUGAUGAUGAUCUUGUUUCCUCAAGGCAUUGAAACCUAAUUGAAAAUGCACUCCUGAUCACAAUAUAGCUGCCGAAAAUUGGUCACGAAAAAUCAAGUUAUUGCAACCUGAAAUCUUGAAGCAAAAAAGUUUACAGAGAGUCUAAGUUACUGCCAUUUGGUUCGAAUUAUUCUCUUGAAGUUAAUAUCUUUGACUGUCCUGGUCACUUUGUACCUAUCAUAUAGGAACACAACUAGUGUUACUUAAUUUUAAUGAGGGCUUUGUUUUGGUAUGCAGUCAUUCAACAGAGGCUCUUGAUGUAUACAAGACAUUUUUGAGACAGAGUUAUUAUCCGAGUUACUGAAGCGAAGAUUCGCAACAAAUCGCCAAAAAAAAGUGUUUUAGCCCAUAAGAAUUGUUUUAUGUUUUUAUUAGCAAACAGACCUACUUAUAGGGGUGGCGAAUGGUACAUAGAAAAAUAUUGGAUCUCAAAAAGUUUUGAUCCAAUCUCAAAUCUAGGAAGCUUUUCUGAUGUGCUGUGAAGUCUCAUUUGUUUGUGUUUCUUUUGUCUUGGCAUGUAAAAUCGUUUUAGUCUCAGUCUUGGAUUUUUAAACUAGGGUCUUGACAUCUUGGCAAGUCUCUGUUUGUACCAUUCGUCGCCCGGCCUUAAUUGUAGAAACUUAAUUAUCUUUCAGCAUGUAUUCUGUAACUAUUAAGAACCUCCCAAGGUUUUAUCAGUAUCAUUUGCAGGUGUAGAUGUAGCAAAUUUCUCAGGAGUUAAAUGUUUAUCCACUGUAUAGAUAGUCUUCUUGCAUACAGUAAUAUUCUUAUAUUGUUUUUACCCAGACAGCAAUAUUAUUUAUGAUGUGAGAGGUCAAAGCUUGCAUGCUAUGGAACAGUUGCUACUUUCAAUCACCUAGGGGUUUACAGCAAAAUUAAGUGUAAUUUAUUUUGUGCAAUGAAAUCGUGAGCAAGAGAAGGUUUUGCAGUGUUUUUAAUUAUAAUUUAAAUGACUUAAAAGAUAACCUAUUUUUGUAUUUUUACAAACAAAUCUGAAGGCACUUUUGGCUAAGUGUAAAUUGAUCACUUCUGAUCUAAAAAUAGUGUUGUGUACUCGAAAAAGGUGCCUCAUCCAAAUGAAAUCAUUUUCUGUGACUUUUAUUUUCAACAAGUGGAAUUUGCAAAAGUAUUAAUUUUUUCUUAAAUAAAUCAAGUUUUGCUUUAAGUCAAAAUUGCUACACAGCAGGAAACAAGAAAUCUUAUUUGCCCGACUGAUCUCAUCUAAAAAAAUAUUUCAGUGUUACAAAGUCUGAUUAGAACUCUUGGAGCAUUUCCUUCUUAUAGUUUUCAAUAACAAAAGAAUUUUUUACCUGAGAACUUGGUGAACAUAAGUAAAUAAUAAGUUUAAAAGCUGAAAAUGCUUCUGCAAUGUAUGGCAAAGGUUUUGAUUGCUUAAUAUUUUGUUACAUUUUAACUCUAAGGUGCCAAUUCUGUUAUGCAAUUCAAAAUUAUUUUUAUGAAUGAAAAGUUACAAUAACUCGGUCACAAUAGGAAACCAUUAUAAGAAUAGAUAAGAUAUCAAGCUUAUUUAGUUUCCCGUUUUGAUUGUAAUCAGUUUUAAGAUCUUAAAAAGGAAGUUUUAAAAAGCCACCCAUUACCUCUAAUUAAAUUUGUAAAUAAUUUACAUUUGUCUAACCUGUGAUGAAUAAUUACUACCAAACAAAAACUUUUUUUAUAUAUUAAAACAAUUUUGAAGUAA